AUGGAAAAGAAUAUUUUAUUGUAUUUUUAUAUUGACGAAAUUGACUAUAAUCGACUAAUCAAUCCAAAGUGUUUAAAUGAUGUAGAAUAUUUGGCUUUAUGCUGUUCAUCUAUAACUACGUAUUCAGAAUUAUCGACUAUAUUAACUACCUACUACUCAAACGUAAGAUCACUUCAGAUCGAUGACUUUGAAUUAACUGAUAAUGAUAGUAGUAAUUCCAGUCCUAUAAUAACAAGAACGUUAAAUUACGUUAAAUUUGUGAAAAUGUCAUGCCAAAAUAAUUUAACAUGCAAGUAUUUUCCUAAGAUCUUACGCUUAAUUCCGAAUUUAAGUAGUUUAUCUAUUGAAGCAUCAGAUUUGGAUUUUCCAGCUAUGUUUUAUAAUACGCCAGAAUUUUGCAAUAAGAUUAAAUGUUUAGAAUUAAACCUCAAAUUUACAAAAGUAAAUUUAAGUCAAACUGUCAUUUACUUCGAUAAAUUAGAACGUCUACGGUUAUAUUUCUUCAAAUAUGGUUAUGAUAAUAAUGAUACAACAAUAACAAGAUUAGAAUAUGAUGAAAAUGAUUUAGAUUUAUUCUGUUUUAUACUUAUCGAAAGUAAAACAUUAUUAUCAGCUGAUAUUGCAAUUUAUAAUAUUGACAUGAGACUCACACUCUAG